ACGAUGAACAUCGCAGUGCACAACGUCACUUACACCAGCGCCACCGUCUCCUGGGCCAUGAGCAACCCCUGUCCAGAGAACUACUACCACGUCAUGUACCGCCCCAACUGGAACAGCGUCUUUGCCGGCUAUUUACGCCAAAACUUCCACCGUGAGGAGCGAGUUCCUCACCCUCUCAGCUCCCUUGUCCUCCAUCGACUCACGCCAUCCACCAUCUACGUGCUCUGCAUCACGUGCAAGAACUCUUACCCCUCUGGCAACCACUGCACCACCUUCCACACUCUGGACAAACCCCCCCUGGUUUUCGGUAGCUCUAAGCAUGAACCUACCACCUCCAUGUGGAUGGUGAGCAGCCUGCUGCUCCUCUGCUUCGUUGCUCUCCUGGCCUACGGCUGCCUGCAGUUCUGGUCUGCACGGUGCCACUGGGCUGCGAGGCUGAAACAUCCCGAGGCCAGCCCCGAAGAAGCAGGCGAAGGGAGCAGCUCACCAGAGGGGCCACUGAAUGACGGACUGAGAGAGGAGCUUCUGGAAGUCCCCAUGACCACUGUGCUAAGGAGGAGCUCCAGUUUCCUGAGGGAGAGUCCCUAUAGCUCCCCCCACAGCUUUUUUUCCUAUAAAAACAGCGAUGACAAAAGGGCCAUCUUGCCGCAGCACAGCCUUCAGUGA